CUGGCGACUUCACAGCCACCACUGCGCAACCUCCUCCUUCGGCGCAUGCCCUUUCCCUGCUCCCGUCAGGUACCCAUGGCGGCGGGGGACACGGAGGCGGCUCAACAGCAAAUUGAUGAAAUUGAAGCCCUUUCAUCCAUAUAUGGUGAAGAUUGGUGUGUUGUUGAUGAAGAUGAAAAAAUAUAUUGCAUUAAGAUUAAUGAUUGCCUGGAUCAACCAAAAUGGACCCUCUGUCUUCAGGUGAUUCUGCCGCCAGGAUAUCCAACUGCAGAGCCACCUAUUUAUCAACUAAACGCUCCUUGGCUUCGAGGACAAGAUUAUACGGAACUAGCAAAUAGCUUGGAAGAAAUAUAUAUACAGAACCUUGGUGAAAGUAUACUUUAUUUAUGGGUGGAGAAGAUACGAGAAGUUCUGAUUGAAAAGGCACAGUCGUCAGAUCCAGAACCAGAUAUUAAGAAAACCAGUGAAGAAGUUGAUGAAGAUGGUGGAGAUGAUUUUGACCUAGAUUGUCAGCCCAUUCAUGAAGAUCCAAUUAAAAUGUUAAAUUACAUUACAUCUGAAAGUCAAGAAGUAGAUGAAGAACUGCCACCCAUACAUCAUGGAAACCCAAUUACAGAUCGAAGGAGUACUUUCCAGGCACAUCUGGCUCCUGUGGUGACACCCAGACAAGUAAAGAGAGUUCUUGAAAAAUUAUAUGAGAAUAAGAAAAUAUCAAGUGCUACCCACAAUAUACAUGCAUACAGGAUAUACUGUGAAGAUAAGCAGACAUUCUUACAAGAUUGUGAAGAUGAUGGGGAGACAGCAGCAGGUGGACGCCUCCUUCAUCUUAUGCAGACAAAUAGAUGAUUUCUUUCUCAAAAGUGAGAAAAAACCCCAACCCACAGCCUUUCCAAGUCUUGGAUCAGAAACAGGUGGUGGUAGUAAUAGUUCGGAUGUUUUAAAAGAUAAAUAAGUUUUGAUUCCUGUGCUUACUGAGUGGUGUAAGGUGUAUUGAAAACGAAGACUGGAAGAAGCUGACUGACAGAAUGUGAGAGUUGAGCUACGCACAGCCUUUCAUUUAGUUUCCUCAAAUUUUUGUAAAAAAAUACACUUAUAUUUGAGCUUGCAGAGUGGAGCUUUAAAUGCAAAAGGUAGUGGAAUUGAAGGGUUUAAGUUGUUUUGACAGUUUCUUCUCUUUCUUUGUUCAAGUUCUGGAUCUUUAGCCUUCAUACUUACAUAUACUUUAGUUUUCUAAUGUUGAAAUAAUAUUUAUUUGAGAAAGUUGCUACUAAAUGUGAAUUGAGAUUGAUAAACUUUGAUUCACUGGCAUGAUGUGAGCCAUAGUGAAAACAGAAAU